GCACUGCCAGUCCAAACAUCUUUUCCAGAGCAGCUCCACAUCACACCGCGUCCCGGAGCCGUUCACCGGAGUGCUGGGAUUUAACAAAGCAGCCGUACACACACCAGCGGAAAAAUAAGCUGACUUUUUCUUUUUUUGGAAGUUAAGAUGAGGAAUCUGCGGUUGUUGUUCCUCGUCGGGCUGGCGACUGGGUUUGUCAGUGAAAAACUCUUCGUCUCCUCCCAGUCACCCUUCUCCACAGCAGAUGACCUGUACCUAGAGGGUCGAACGUCAGGUGACCUCCCUAUAGAUGAUGAAGACGGUGAAGACGACGGCUCAGGCUCUGGGUCCGGAGACUAUGUUUUCCCCAACUUCACCGAGGAGAAACUCAUGAGGUUCCUCAACCUCUCCAGGACCACAGUCUCCAAAGAAACGGUUCCAAAUCAACCACAGCCAACAGCAGACUCUCCUCACGACCCACCAACCACAGCAGCAGAUAGCCAGGAUCCACCAACCACAAUGAAGGACUCAGAGGAAACUGAUGAGGAGGUGGCAGGUAUUGGCCCAACAGCUGACUGGUUCACACAGAAGACCAGUGUCAGGUCCACUAGAAUGCCUCCCAGUGAAACUACCACAGCUGAAUUCAGCACAGACAUCAGUGUAACCAAAGAUACCGAUGAGGACAACAGUCUGGAUAGGUGGGAUGCCACAACACCCAAAGACAAUGGAGAUGGAUUCCUGAUGAGCGAAAAUGAAAUUCUGGUCAAAAAUGGCCAUGGUGGCAGAUUAUAUGAGAUGGACUCUCCCAAAGAGGUGUCCUCUGAGAACUUGUGGGAGAGAACAGAAGUGCUGGCAGCUGUGAUAGCAUGCGGAGUGGUGGGAUUCCUUUGUGCUGUUUUCCUCCUCCUCCUCCUCGCCUACCGUAUGAAGAAGAAGGACGAAGGCAGCUAUGACCUGGGAGACACCAAACUUUCCACAACAACCUAUCACAAAGCACCGACCAAGGAGUUCUACGCCUGAGCUGGACUUUAAAUGCAAUCCGCCUCCUCCCUAUCAGGACUGAGAAUGGAUCUAUGAACAACUGAAGACGAUUCCUCUUGAUGAAGUUUGAAGUCAAGCACCUCUGUUCUUCUGCAGUGCUCCUUCCAUUUUCUUUCUUUCAUCUUUCUUACCUUCCAACUGUUCUAGACUAGGAAAUCAACUUUAAAGUAUUGAUAUCACUGUGCCUUUUAAACCUACAUUACUUCUCUAAACUGAACCACGAUGGGUCAGGCUUCCCUUCUGCUUUGCAGACAAAUUAAUUGUCCCAUUUAGCCUGAACUGUCCCAGCUCAGCUAAACAAAAUUGAGGUUCAAGUUCACAGAAACCUAAGAAUAGCUUUAAUGCAUUUUGAAUGCUGUUAUUAGAAAGGGUACCAGAUCAUGGGAUUAGUAUUAAUCCCUCCAAAAAUGUAAACCUUCUUGCCUUUGUUUGAAGUCAAAUUUGCUCUGUUUGUUACAUUUUUCUUUGUUACAUUUCAUUUUCUGCAGCUUUCUUUGCUGAAUUGAAGAUUUUUUGUUGUUAUGAGGAAUGAGUAUGUUUUGUUUUUUUCAUAUGCUGUCCAGUAUUGGUAUGAGAGAUUUUGUUACUCUGCAGGUACAUAUUUUUGUUUUGUUUUCUCAGAUAUUUGACUUAUUAUAGAACUGACCAAAUAUAAAUGUGCUUUAUUUGUCUUUUGGAAAAUUAUUUUUAGUAGCUUUUUCUGUGUGUUUUUUUUUUUUUUUUUUUUUUUUUUUUAUGUUUAGAGAUUAUAUCUCCAUAAGCCAUUUUUAAAGAGAUUUCAGUUUUGUCAUAGUAUUCAGCCAGCCUUAAGAAGUUAAAAGUCCCUCACUUGCAUCUGUCCAACAUUAGUAAACUUUAUUUUAUUUGUUUACUGAGGGCAGCAAGCACAUGGGACAGCAUUGCUAAGGUAGAGCCAAGGCUAAUGUCUAUCAUUCAGAAACCGUAGAAGUGACCAAGGUUUUCUGACGACAGCCAAACGCAUUCCUUUCCGACUGUCAACUGUAUACAACUACAAUAGCAGGUUUGAAAUUAAGGGGACAGUGACAGUUUUUAGUGUCUAAAGUCAGGGCUUAUUCACACAGCAGGUCUUGAGAGUUAAAAAAAAUGCAGUGAACUCUAGGUGUCUGUUUAACUGUCAACUGUAUUUGCUACUUACAAAUUCUUUUUAAUUAGUCACAAUGCUCCUCUGAGUGUAAGCACGUCAGGUUUUAAACAUGUUUCCUCAUCAUCAGUCUUUACCUCAGCCAGCCAACCAACCAAAGAAGCAGGGGAUCUGUUUAGAAACUUUUUAGAGCUUCAGUAAGGAUACACUUAACCGCAACGACAACAGGGUGGUAUUCCCUUUUGAGCAUAAAAGCAUAUUAUUUUUACUUGUAUACACCCUGUUAAAUAUAUAUUUUAGUGAAAAUACUGGGGAUUUACCCUAUGUAUAGUCUUUGAUGAAUUUAACCAGCUGCCUACUGCUUAUUAUGUGUCAAAGAACAAUGCUUAGCCUCUUAUUGAAGCAGCUCUGUUGGUGGCCUAACAAUCUUUAUGAAAAGGUCAAAUAAUUUUUUUUUUUUUUUAAAGCCAAUUUUGGUUAUCAAGAUUACUGGAAUAAGCAGAGAGGUGUGGCUAUAAUUGAAUAUAGCCACACGUUCUCAUUAAAAUUGGUGUCAGAUUGUUUUAUUUCUCUUGUUCUGACUUUGUUGACUUUGAGUUUAAUGUCACAUAGCAAACCAUUUAAUCACUAUAGGCAUUUCCUUACAGCAUUGUAAUGGCUAUUUUUUUGUUUUUAGAUCAUCUUGUGUCAAAGGUUACUGCCCCUAUCUGCUGCAAACUUUGUAGCCGCAGUUUCUAUUAACAGUUUGAUUCCCUUCAUCAGGCAAUGUAACAUCAGUGAAAGUUGGUGUGUGAGUCUACAUAUAUCUUUUGUCCUUUAGUCGAGGCUACUUAAUAGUGUUUACAUGAUAUAAUUUCCUUUGCCAUAAUAGAAAAGACUAUUUUAAAGCUGUUCUAUUUUAUCUGAAUGCAAACUCAAACUACCUAUUGAUUAUGGCCUGAAUAAACAGGACAAUCUUAUCACUAACCCACUGUGACUUACUGUUGAUAAAGGUGGAAAUUGGUUGGGUACUUGAAUCCUCAGUGCCUCAAACAUUGUACACAUUCAUUUACAGUACUCUUUCAGAAUUCUAGCUGUGCACAACCACAAAUGUAAUAGCUAUGGGAAAACCCUUGACUUGAUUUCUGUUGUCCAUACCAACAGAAAUGUCAGAGAAACAUUCAUACUGACAUAAACCAUACCCACAGAGGGUUAAGACAGCGGGUUAGCGCUUGCCGACAGUCACACAGGUGAUGACACACAAUAAACUUUCUCUUCAAGGUAUGUAGGUUUAUAAAGUAUGUUGCUGAUACUAUAAUUUAUAUGUAUUAAUUUAUACUUGCUUAGACAAUAAUCCAGGUUAAUAUGUCAGUGAUAAAUUGGGAUUGUACAGUAUUUACUCAUGGUCACAGCCUCUUUGUGCCUACUGCUCAGUUUGUUUUAUAUUUAUGUUUUUAGUGUAUUUGACAAGCCUCGGUUCAAUUCAUUUUCAAUUUCAAUAUCAGUUGUGUAGCUUUCUAGAAAUACUUUUUUCCUAUGAAAAUAUUUCAAAAAUGAUCAAAGCAUAAGAAUAAGUUUCUUGUAAAUAUACUGCGGCUUUCAUUUUUAUUUUAAUCAAAGUUGAAUAUGAAUUGACUGAAGCCUUGAUUUUAACAAAUAAACACCUACACAAUGAAGAGGACCAACCAAAAAUCAGCAUGGAAAUAAAAUGGUGACUUAAGCACACGCGGUGGCCAAUAGAGAACUGUGUUGCUGAAAUUGUGUAUCUUAAGAGGUUCACUACUGAAUAAAAGACGUGGCUUUAAUGGAACUCUAAAA